GUUCAGCAAAAGCUAAGCACGAAUUACAGGCGAUCUCACUCUUUGUCGCAUUUUUCAGGUUGUCAACACAUCUGAACAACUUGAAAUCCAACAAUUACGUAUUCGCUGCUUUUCUACUAGUGUUUGAGAUUUUAUUGCACCAAUUACUUCUUGCGACCCGCUUUUAAAAACAUCAAUCGUGCCAUUUACUUUUACAGUGGUUAAGAUGGGUAUGGUCGACGAAAGUGAGUCUUCCGCGAAGCGGCUGAAGACAACGGAAGAAGCGCAAACCGCCACCACACUUGACACCAAGCCUCCAUCUUCUCUCCCUCCGCCGCUCUGCGAGGAGAUCGUGGGAGGCGGGCCAACCUGCGGAUUGCUCAAAGCGCUCUACGCGGACUUCGAAAAGCAGUACGCAUUGCUCGAGACGGAUGCGGCCAAAGAAGCGUUUUUGAAAGAAGGGAAGUGGGGUAAGUUUGUUUUAGUAAACAUCUAUUCGUAGCUUGCUUGUUUAUUUUGUGUCGGUCGCUCUCGCUGCACGAGCCACGAGUGAUCAUUUGUUCAUGUCCCUAUCAAGCAUUCUUGUUGUCAACAAAGUUCUACAAGCACACAGCACUUACAAUUGUUCAUUCCUGUCGGAAUCAAAUGUUCUUCAAAGAACCUUUGUCUGUCUCGACCCCCAGAAUCCAUCGAGCUGACGACCACCGACACGCCGGAGCUAGUCGUUCCCGGACACCGGGAGAGGCUCGACCUCCUGCUAUUGUGAGGAAAAAUCCCCCCUCCCCAUAUCGAAACGGAAAUCUGUGAUGCAGAUUUGUUGUCACAAAUCAGCUUUGUCAUGCUACACGGGAAAAGAUGCGGACUGUAGUGCUGGGUGGCGUGGGGGAGCCUUGCAUCUUCAGAAUGAUAGGAGGCAGCUGAGAGUGGGAAACAGCAUGACAAAUUGCCUGCAAAAGGGACCACGACUGCGGCUCUUGGCCUUCUAGCAUGACAAGUCGAUUUGGUGCCUCAAAUCCUGCAUCACAGAUUUCCAUUUCGAUAUGGGGAGGGGGGAUUUUUCCGUUUGAUACCUGCCGAUCUUCUCUUUUCAGCACUCGCGCGAUGGCCAGCUGGUACGCUACCGGGGGUUUGUCAUCAACAAGGGCAGCGAGGCGGAAAUUUUCAACGGUUUCCGGUCGAACGAGAGCCGCACAGGCUUCACGCUGUUCAAGUACCGAGAUGAAAUGGUGACCCCUGAGCUGAACGUCCAGGCGAAUUUUACGGGCAGUGUGGAGCUGGUGCAAGACCCCCGCAUGGAAGAACAAGAAUACUACUGGGACCGCACAACAUGUGACGCCAUUCCCGUCCCAUACGAAAGCCGGUGGGUCGAGGCAGGGUUGCAGCAAUCCAAGCACAAACGAACGCGGGAAGAUAGCCCAGUGGAGGGGGGUUUGCUGGGGCAGGACGUGGGCGCGGAAAAUGAGGUAAACACAGUGAUUUUUUUUUGUGGUGAACAACGUAAAAUUUUUGUACAACCGGUAUUCUUGUUGCAUCUGCGAGUACUUUUUGCUGUUUAGUGAAGAAAAACAACGAAAUCAAGUCAAUGCCAGCACGGUACAUCAAAACCACCCCAACAAAACAGGAGCAGCUGCACGCGUCUCGUCGAGAAGAGUGCGUUGAGCUCAUUUUCGCUGACUCCCAAGAAGAGGAGGCCGGCGUUGCCAUCCAUGACGUCGUCGACGUUGUCGCGGUCGUUUCGCUAGCUGGAAGCAAACCCAGGCUGCACGUGCUGAAGGUCAUUCACAAGAACCAGCGAUUGCCGAUAGAUUUUAUCGGUCGGCACUUUCAAUCGAUGAGGAGUGGUAGUGUGGACAAGAAAUCGGUCGAGGAACGAUUGGCACCUUUGCGCGAAGCGGCGUUGAAGUACAUCGGCGAUAAUAUCGUACAUACUACUAGCAGCAGUUCUUCAAGCUCCUCCUCAACGAUCAUGCGAAAAAGCGGCAGGUUGUUCAGUGAGUACCUGUUGAUGGCCUUGUGCUCCACGAAGAGCAAGCAGCAAACGGAGGAGUCGCCGCUGGGCAUGACGCCGAUGAACUUCGUGCUCGCGGCUGAGGAAGAUGAUGGCACCACCUCCGACACUGCGUCCGCACUCUCCGCGCUUCCGGGUUCCGUCAAAAACAUCACCACCACCCUGCGCAGGGUGCACCCGUACGUGUAUUAUCAAAUGUAAAAGUGUCUGGGUCUGGAAGAUUGGAACUUGUGAUGCUAACUUUGGAAUCUAAAAAAAUCUGUAUUGCAUGACCAGCAAGAGGAGCCACAUUUGUGCUACGCGAGGAGGGCAUUUGUCAUGCGGAAAUGGCAUCAGGAAGCUUUCCAAAAAUCUGUGAUGCUGGAUCAUACAUUACAAGCAUCAUGGGUCAUGCCAGACAAGCAUGACACGCCUUCCAUUCUUCCAGACCCAGACAUUUUUACAUUUGAUAUGUAUCACCUGGACGCGAGUCUCGAUGGGUUAAACGGCGCGCCCUUCCGCGGCCACAAGGACCCCGAGACGGACGAAAUGAAGACGGGACUCCUCGAGCUCGCCGCCGGCUCGGUGCUCGUCGUGGACGAGACGGAACUGCAGUCCGGGCAACUCAAAGACGAAGCCGUCGUGAAUGCCGCGGUGCUGACGAAGGUGUUGCGGACGCAGAAAGUCCCGAUCUUCUUUGGGUUUUACGAGUUGGAGUUUGCAUCGGAGGCCCAGGGAAUUGUGUUCUCCAAAGACUCCCGCUCGGCAUUUCUUUCGGGGGUGAAAAACCCCGGGUCGAAAAGCUGCUUGGCCAUGGGCAAGGCGGUGCUUAUCCCGCCAGUGAGUAGCGCGGCAGUAACUGCUCACGAAACACCUUCAGACAUGGAACUUUCUGGUGAAGAGGAGAAGAAGAUGGAAAUAAUUGGAUCGACAUCUUCAUCAUCUGCGCAGAAGAUCGAAGAUCUAUGGAGAGAAAAAAGUUUGCCACAGUCACUAACUUGCAGGUUUUGCAUUACAAAUUUUCUCAGCAUCACAAACUUUCCUUGUAUUGCAGAAACACUAGGGAAAUCCCUAAUGAAGUUUGGCUGUGAUGCAUUUUUACGCAUGACAAACAAUUUUGUUUUUGUAUUGCAAGAAUGCGCAUGAGUGAUCGUGACGAACUUUUUUUCUUUGAUAAGAUCAGCUGCGCUUCUACUUCCACGAGGUGAACAGAAUACAAACCGAACCAAGGGAGAAGAAGCAAAAUUCAGCAGGUAUUUUAGUUUCAUUGCUGAAGCUAGAUGUCGGGCCAAUCACCAUGAUCCGAAGUUCUUUGGAUAGAUCUUUUUUUCAGAUUUCGACUACAGACAAAAAAAUCUUUGCGGCAAUUCUGAAUUUGUUGUGUGUAUCAUGCUCCGCUUACCCAAAGAAAUUUUUCACAGACGCCUCGCCGGUCUUUGAGCUCUCCGACGACGUCCAGAAAGCGAUGGUUGACGCUUAUGCUGCGACGCGGCAGCAGUACAGGGAAAAAGAGCUGGUCGAGGAAGACUUGCUGUACGCUUGGCUGGAUCUGUUCCAGGCUUACUGCUUCUCACACGGGUGCAGCUCGCCCACUUUGGACUUGUGGAAAAAAUUCCACAAGCUGGAACUCCAAAGGCUCGCAGAAGUUGACGACUGGCUUCUGCAUCGGAAAUGUGGAAAGCAGGUCAAUCAGUGAUUGAUAGAUAAACAGAAGUUAUGGACAUUGUGCUAUACAUGGAGGGACUACUUGUACUUCGUCGACGCAGGCAAGCAAAUUGAGAAAAUCAUCAGAGUCACCAUGGGGUGCGUAAGCUGGCU